ACGUAUUUAUAGUACAGCAGAGAAAGAGUAAAUCAUUAAGCGGCAAGAGGUUCAACACACCUCCUAGCGACGAUUUGCGACCCCUGCUGAGUGUUGAUUAAACUUUUGAUACUACAAAAUGGAGCGAAUUUACGAAUCACCGAGAAAGGCCGAUCCUAAUGAUAUUCCAAAUGUGCCAAUUUAUGACUACAUUUACAAGAAGCUGUGCGACAAAAAAAUGGAGAACUCGACCGACCCCUGGAUCAUCGAUUCAAGAACUGGUGUUGAGGUGCGAUUUUGCGAAAUUGAUCCUGUCUCAAAGAAAAUCGGCAGUGCCCUGACCCGGCUGGGCUUCAAAAAAGGCGAUUUCUUGCACUUCGCAACGUACGAAACUGCACAGCUGUAUCUGGUCCAGCUUGGUAUUUGGAGGAUCGGAGGGGCAGUCCGUGGCUGCUUUCAAGAAGAAUCGGCGGAGGAGUUGGCAAGGCAAAUAAGCGAGAGCAAGACGCGAUUUGUCCUUGCUGAUGAGGAAACGUUGCCAAGGAUGAGGGAAGCGGUGGCGAGUUUGGACUGGAAAAUUACGAUCAUUGUUUUUUCCAACGAGCCUGUUGAGAAUGCUAUCACUGUCAACAGUUUGAUGCAAGACGAUGGAAGCGCUUUCCCCAGCAAAGUGGACAUCGAUCCAGACAAUGACACAUUUGCAGUUGCAAACACAAGCGGAAGCACUGGAUUGCCCAAAGGAGUUGUUCAAACGCACAAAUGUGCUGUAGCACUUCUUACUAAACGGGAUUGCAUGCCCUUCUUUGAUCACUCUAUCAUGACGCCAAUGAACAACUUCCCUCAAGGAGUAUUCACAGUGACGACAGGCGCACUCGCGCAUGGCCUCCGGGUAGUGCACUUGGGCAAAUUCGAAAGGGAGCAGUAUUUUGACCAUUUGGUGAAGUACAAACCUGGAACCGUGGUGAUGUACCCGUUUGUUGCGACCUGGUUUGCCAGACACGAAAAUUUAGACCAAUUGGACCUGAGCUUCUUGAAGGUCAUUCUUUGCGGCGGCGCUAUCAUUGACCCGGUGACAAUGGCACUUCUGGUGAAGAAACUGCCUCACGUCAAAGUGAAACAGAUGUACGGAAUGACUGAAUGUCCUGGAAUUAUAAAUACAGGGGACGAGGUUGGUGUGAAAACUGCUGAGGUUGGAGGCAAGGAAUAUGUCUCACCAGGGACACUCACGCCAUACGUGAGUGCUAAGAUUGUAGAUAUAAACACAAGAGAGACGCUGGGUCCAUAUCAAAUAGGCGAAAUCACGGUCAAGUCCGUUAUUGUCAUGAAGGGCUACUUGUCCAAAGACUCUCCCACUCCCAUACGUUCACACAUCGACUCGGAGGGGUGGUUCAGCACCGGGGACGCAGGAUUUUUUGAUGAUAAAUCACACCUGUACCUCACUGAAAGACUUAGCUCCGUUUUCAAAUACAUCAUGUAUUUUGUUUCCCCAACAGAAAUCGAGACUAUCUUGCAACAGCACGAGAAGGUCCUUGACGUCGGAGUAGUGGGGGUGCCUAACCCUGAGACCACCAAUCUGGCUAGGGCAUUCGUCGUCAAGAAAGGAGAAGUCUCAGAGAAAGAGUUGUGUGACUUUGUAGCCGAGAGGCUGCCCGUUUACAAACACCUGCACGGUGGAGUGCGAUUCGUUGAGAAGAUGCCAAUUGGAAAAACUGGAAAGUUGGAUAGAACGGAGCUCAAGAAAAUAGCGAUCCAGCUGAAUUAAUCUUCAUUACCAUUAUUUUGGUUAAGAGUAUGAAUAAAAUAAAAUUUUGUUACAAAUGGG